UUUCCUCCGGCGCUGGCCGUUCUCUCGUGCCAGUUCGUCUAUUGUGGUCGUAGGAUCCUCUGUUCCCCUCGACAGCUCACAAUGCGUGCCUUCUCCGCUGUCGCUGCUGCGGCCCUGGCGCUCUCUUGGGCGUCUCUGGCUCAGGCUGCUCGUCCCCGUCUUGUGCCCAAGCCUGUCUCUCGGCCAGCCUCGAGUAAAUCGGCUGCGACCACGGGCGAGGCUUACUUUGAGCAGCUGCUGGACCAUCAUAAUCCGGAGAAGGGAACCUUUUCCCAGAGGUACUGGUGGAGUACUGAAUACUGGGGUGGUCCUGGGUCACCGGUUGUCCUCUUUACUCCUGGAGAGGUCUCUGCCGAUGGCUAUGAGGGGUAUCUCACCAAUGAGACCCUCACCGGUGUCUAUGCGCAGGAGAUCCAGGGUGCCGUCAUUCUCAUUGAGCACCGCUACUGGGGCGAUUCUUCGCCUUAUGAGGUGCUCAACGCUGAAACUCUUCAGUACCUCACACUGGACCAAGCCAUUCUGGACAUGACCUACUUCGCCGAGACGGUGAAGCUGCAAUUCGAUAACAGCACCCGCAGCAAUGCGCAGAAUGCUCCCUGGGUCAUGGUCGGUGGAUCAUACAGUGGUGCCUUGACGGCUUGGACCGAAUCUGUCGCGCCUGGAACGUUCUGGGCUUACCAUGCCACUAGUGCCCCUGUGGAGGCUAUCUACGACUUUUGGCAAUACUUCUACCCCAUCCAGCAAGGUAUGGCACAGAACUGCAGCAAGGACGUGUCCCUGGUAGCCGAGUAUGUCGACAAGGUUGGAAAGAACGGAACUGCCAAGGAGCAGCAGGCGCUCAAGGAAUUGUUUGGUCUGGGAGCUGUUGAGCAUUUCGAUGACUUUGCCGCUGUCCUCCCCAACGGACCGUACCUCUGGCAAGACAACGACUUUGCCACAGGAUACUCUUCCUUCUUCCAGUUCUGCGACGCCGUCGAGGGUGUUGAAGCCGGCGCGGCAGUAACCCCUGGCCCCGAGGGUGUCGGCCUCGAAAAGGCCCUGGCCAACUACGCAAACUGGUUCAAUUCAACCAUUCUCCCUGAUUACUGCGCAAGCUACGGCUACUGGACCGACGAAUGGAGCGUCGCCUGCUUCGACAGCUACAACGCCUCGAGCCCCAUCUACACCGAUACCUCCGUCGGCAAUCCCGUCGACCGCCAAUGGGAAUGGUUCCUCUGCAACGAGCCUUUCUUCUACUGGCAGGACGGUGCUCCCGAGGGUACCUCCACCAUUGUGCCCCGGCUCGUCAGCGCCUCCUACUGGCAACGGCAAUGCCCGCUCUACUUCCCCGAAACGAACGGCUACACGUACGGCAGCGCGAAGGGUAAGAACGCCGCCACGGUGAACAGCUGGACCGGUGGAUGGGACAUGACCCGCAACACGACGCGGUUGAUCUGGACGAAUGGGCAAUACGACCCCUGGCGCGACUCGGGUGUGUCGAGCACUUUCCGGCCUGGUGGACCGCUGGCGAGCACUUCGAAUGAGCCAGUGCAGAUUAUCCCGGGCGGAUUCCAUUGCUCGGAUUUGUAUAUGGCGGAUUAUUAUGCGAAUGAGGGGGUUAAAAAGGUGGUGGAUAAUGAGGUGAAGCAGAUCAAGGAGUGGGUGGAGGAGUAUUAUGCCUGAAGAUAGGACCGGUGGUUGAUGGUAAAUACUUUUAUGGACUGUACAUAAGGAAUGUGUUAUGGGACAUGAUGAUGGUAGGUAUGGUCAUGCCUACGAUGAGAUAGUAGUCGUUGGCGUCUUGUACCAAUGAAAACAUUAUGCAUGUGGGAAAUGGGGACGUUGCUCACUAGUAUAUAUACCGA